AUGUCUGCGUCGCCAUAUCACAUCUCGUCCUUAUUGGACAAGGUAGGGCACAUGAAAUUGCAAGUAACAGUGUUAAAAUAAUUUUGGCAGGCUGAUCGACAGUCUAUAAAAGACUAUAAACUGUAUAUUAAAAAAAUGCAUGACCGUAUUUCCAUGUGUCAGUACAAAUGUUUAUGUUUUCACUUAGUUAGAAAUAUUACUGUUAUUUUAUUGGUUUGGGUAAAUAAGAAUUGUUUGUUAGCUUUACAGUUUACAGCAACACCAGUAGCCAACUGGAAAGUUUUGAAAUUGUGCACCCAAGAUUUGAAAAUUUUAAUAGUAUAAAUAUAUAGAAAGCAUCAAAAUUGUAUGCCCGAUAUCUCGGUUGCGACAUACUACUUCUGCACUGGAUCGGUAGUGCUUAAAUAUGAGGCAAUGUGAUGGUUAUCUGUGCUUAGUGGCAAAUUGGGUCAUUCCAGAAAACAUCUAUACCACAGAGUAGAGACAUACAGAGACGUAACUGACCGUCAUAAACAAUGCAGAAGAUUAUGUUAUCAUGUACCCACUUUUUUUCAGGCGACCGGGCAAAAAAUGAUCAACUGCGCGUGCUCAGCAAGUUUAAAGUGAGUCAUCAUCAGGUCGUCAUCCAAUCAGAUGCAUGCAUCUAGUAACUUGCCGAGCAUGCACACAAAAAAAGUGGGUACACUAGUUACGACUCUGUAUGUCUCUACUCUGUGAUCCAUACCACUCCCACAGAGGAAAUAGAAAGUUAACCCCCCUACCCCUUUCGGAUGUCCUAAUACAUUUACUAUUACAGACCUCUCAACUUUGCAGAGAAGUUAAGAGUGAGAUUGGGGAUGUAGAGACACCUUUGUAAUUAAAAGAACGGGGGUCUGAAAUGGCAUUUCGUAUAUUAUGAGAGUUGGUGUUUUUUAAUGAAAUAUGUUGCUUCAUAACAUCCUUUAAAGACAAGCCACUUUAGUUAUAAUAACUGUAUUUCUGUGACAUACAGUAAUGAGCUUUAAUUUGCCUUGGAUAAUUUACAUAUAGAAUUCUGCUCCAACUGAUUCUGCCUUUUGUCCGCCGUAUUUACAUAUACGGCAAAAUGUCGGGCCGUAUAUAUGCGGGGACAAUAACACAAGAUUAUAUAUUCGAUUCGCAAUCCUUAUAAUGAUUAAUAAUGUGCAUUUAAGAAUACAAUAUUAUAUUAUUGAAAAAAAUACUAUGAAACUGCUAUACUGUAUGUGUGAGAUUUACUAAACGUGGCAUGAGAGCGUGAGAGUGAAGCAAAUUGCAUGAGACUCACGCCGAAUGCGUGAGAGUUGAGAGGUCUGCUAUUAUCAGAAACAAUUUUUUCUCCCCUCCCCCUCCGGACGGCAGAAAUUUCCUCCGUGGGGGGAGUAUGGAUCGUUUCUGGAACGACCCAUUACCUUGCAGUUACAGGGCCUGUAGGCUAGAGGUAAAAUACUGGCAUUCAUGAGGAUGAUAUUCCCACGCAAGUUCUGCUGAUGUACAACCUGGUCUUGACACCUUCUAUUGGUCAGCUCGUACAUUAAAAAUAUUGUGUUUUUUUGGCAGAUGACAUCAAACGAUAAAGAUUUUCGUUUUAUGGCAAUUAACGAUUUGAUGGCUGAACUUCAGAAAGAUUCGAUCAAGCUGGAUGAUGAAAGCGAGCGCAGGGUAAACUGUUUGACUUAAAAAUAAUAGACAUUUUUUGGCCUAACAAAACAUUCUGCACAUAGUUCCCAUUUCCUGACCUAUAGAUUCUAUCUUUUCUUGUAAUAUUUAUCAUAAUUAUUUGCCAAGGUUGUCCAUAUGCUUUUGAAACUUUUGGAAGAUAAGAAUGGUGAAGUCCAGAAUCUUACUGUGAAAUG